AUGUUUCCUGCAAUUAGGCUUUCAUCGUUCGAGGAGACCACCAAGCCCUCGAUGCUCGAUUCGGGCGACAUCAAUAAAUGCAUUGCCAACCUGGGAUACUUCUACUCUAUUGGUUUAUUCAAGCAGAUGUCCGAAUUACAAAAAUUAUCAGCAACAAUCUUUUUGGAACUCGAAAAAGACUUUAAUAAAUUAAAUGAAAGGAUGGAAAACGUUUCCCAGCGCAUUAACAAUUUCAAGAGGACAGCUCAAUCAGUCAUUGCACAAAAUCAAGCUAUGUCCCCUCAACAAUUUGCAGAAAAGGCUUGCGUUCAAAACCAAAUGCCAAAUGUCAAGACUGCUACCGAUGCAGAUUUAUCAAAUGCCGAUAUUUUUGUCAAAGAUUUAUUAGCUAAAACUUAUCCAGCCCCAACACUUCAGCCAUUUGCUUCUAUCAUUCCUAACUAUGCUGAGUUAGAUAAGCAGAUCACUGAUCCGAAACAAUUCGAGCAACAGUACAGACAAGAACUUUUUGAGAAAUACAAAGAACUCACACAGAUUUCAGCCAAAAAGAAACGCCAAGCUGUCACUGUUCCAGAAAACAAAGAUGUUGACAAAUCCUCAACCAUGCUUCAUGCUUAUACAGAAACAAUCGUUCCACCACCAGUUAUAUUACUUAUUCCACCACCGCCAGGUCAGACAUCUGGAUGGCGCGACAAAGCAUUACAAGAUAUGCAGCACGCAUCAACCAGUUCUGGUAGAGGUGUUAAUACUACAUUUGUUGCACCUCCGCCAUCAAUGGCUCCAUCAGUCAGACCACGCGUACCAAAUUUCAACGUACAGUCACCACAAUUAUCAUCAUUCCAGCCUCCUUUGAACUCAUUGGAGCCAUCUCCAUCUCCAAGCUUUCCACCACUUCCGCCGCCAAUGAAACCACAGAGUUUCGCUGCUAUUCCACCUCCAGGAGCACUUCCACCACCUCCACCUCCCCCACCACCGCCUCCAAAGGCUCCAGGUGGUGGUUCACUUCCUCCUCCACCUCCAGCGGCUUCUCCUGGUAUUGCUGCACCUCCUCCAUCUACGCCGGCACCAACAAACCAAGGACCUCUGCCUGGCGCACCAAGAGGACAUCUCGAUCUCAUCAAAGCAGGUGGAUUCAAGCUUAAACCUGUCAAGAAAGAAGAUGUUAAACCUGUUAAUGAAGAUGUCGAUCCUAACUCUCUAUCUAUUGGUGAAUUACUCGCGAAAGUUGCAAAGGUUAGAGAAGAUACGAAAUUAUCCGAUGAUGAUGAGAAUGGUGAUGACGAAGAAGACUCCGAAGAUUGGUAA